CCCACAGCCUCCGCGAGCGCCGAGCCCCCCGGAGCCGUAGCGCGGCCAAGGGGCGCCGCUGGCCCCUCCCCAGCGCGCUGUCAGCAGGCUCUGGGGCCCCCGCCCCGUCCCCUUGCCCACGGGACACACCCCCGCCCCUCCUCUGCUCCGCCAGUUCCCGCCGGACCCACCGGGCGGCGGAGAGAGCGGGCGGGCGAGCAGAAGAGUCGCGGCGGCGGCGGCGCGGGAGGGAAGGGGCUCGCGGCAGGCCCACCGGGAGCCGCCAGGGCACACGGAGCCCGCGUGCCCUCCAGACCGUCUCCGCCCAGCGGCCGUACCUGUGGGCGCCAGAAGCCCGGGCAGCGGCGCGCCGGAUCGGGGUGGCGGGUGGCCCCACAAACCCGGAAAGCGGGGGAAGGAGCCGGAGCCCGACCGGGAUGAGAAGGUGACGCCGCCGGGGGGCGCCACUCGCUUUGUAGGGGAAGAUGCUCGCCUACUGCGUGCAGGAUGCCACCGUGGUGGACGUGGAGAAGCGGAGGAACCCCUCCAAGCAUUAUGUGUAUAUCAUCAACGUGACCUGGUCUGACUCCACGUCCCAGACCAUCUACCGGAGGUACAGCAAGUUCUUUGACCUGCAGAUGCAACUUUUGGAUAAGUUUCCCAUUGAAGGUGGCCAGAAGGACCCCAGACAGAGAAUCAUCCCCUUCCUCCCAGGCAAAAUCCUCUUCCGGAGAAGCCACAUCCGGGAUGUAGCUGUGAAGAGGCUGAAGCCCAUCGAUGAGUACUGCCGGGCCCUUGUCCGGCUGCCUCCCCAUAUUUCACAGUGUGAUGAAGUCUUUCGGUUCUUUGAGGCCCGGCCAGAGGAUGUCAACCCUCCAAAAGAGGACUAUGGCAGUUCCAAGAGAAAAUCAGUGUGGCUCUCCAGCUGGGCUGAGUCUCCCAAGAAGGACGUGACAGGUGCCGACACCAACGCCGAGCCCAUGAUCCUGGAACAGUACGUGGUGGUGUCCAACUAUAAGAAGCAGGAGAAUUCGGAGCUGAGCCUCCAGGCCGGGGAGGUGGUGGAUGUCAUCGAGAAGAACGAGAGCGGCUGGUGGUUCGUGAGCACCUCUGAGGAGCAGGGCUGGGUCCCUGCCACCUACCUGGAAGCCCAGAAUGGUACUCGAGAUGACUCAGACAUCAAUACCUCCAAGACUGGGGAAGUGUCCAAGAGACGCAAGGCCCAUCUGCGGCGCCUGGAUCGCCGGUGGACCCUGGGCGGGAUGGUGAACAGGCAGCACAGCCGAGAAGAGAAGUACGUCACCGUGCAGCCUUACGCCAGCCAAAGCAAGGACGAGAUUGGCUUUGAGAAGGGCGUCACUGUGGAGGUGAUCCGGAAGAAUUUGGAGGGCUGGUGGUACAUCAGAUACCUGGGCAAAGAGGGCUGGGCGCCCGCUUCCUACCUGAAGAAAAUCAAGGAUGACCUGCCAGCACGGAAGAAGAACCUGGCAGGCCCCGUGGAGAUCAUCGGGAACAUCAUGGAGAUCAGCAACCUGCUGAACAAGAAGGCGUCUGGGGACAAGGAGACCCCCCCAGCUGAAGGCGAGGGCCCAGAAACCCCCAUCACCAAGAAGGAGAUCAGCCUGCCCAUCCUCUGCAACGCCUCCAACGGCAGCGCCCUGGGCGUCCCGGAGAGAACCGUCUCGAAGCUGGCCCAGGGCUCCCCGGCUGUGGCCAGGAUUGCUCCUCAGAGGGCCCAGAUCAGCUCCCCAAACUUAAGGACAAGGCCUCCACCUCGCAGAGAGUCCAGCCUGGGAUUCCAGCUGCCGAAGCCGCCAGAGCCCCCUUCUGUUGAGGUGGAGUACUACACCAUUGCCGAAUUCCAGUCGUGCAUUUCUGAUGGGAUCAGUUUUCGAGGUGGACAAAAGGCAGAGGUCAUCGACAAGAACUCGGGUGGCUGGUGGUACGUGCAGAUCGGUGAGAAGGAGGGCUGGGCCCCCGCGUCGUAUAUUGAUAAGCGCAAGAAACCCAACCUGAGCCGCCGGACGAGCACCCUGACGCGGCCCAAGGUGCCCCCGCCAGCGCCUCCCAGCAAGCCCAAGGAAGCCGAGGAAGGUCCGGCAGGCACUGGCGAGAACCAGGACUCCCCGCUGAAGCUCAAGUACGAGGAACCCGAGUAUGACAUCCCCGCCUUUGGCUUCGACUCGGAGCCGGAGCUGAGCGAGGAGCCUGUGGAAGACAGCGGCUCUGGGGACCGGAGGCCCGCCCAGCCGCACCGGCCCUCGCCCGCCUCCUCGUUGCAGCGGGCCCGCUUCAAGGUGGGUGGGUCUGCCGAGGACGUGGCCCUCGAGGAGGAGACCAUCUACGAGAACGAGGGUUUCCGGCCGUGUGCAGAGGACAGCCUGUCGGCCAGACGCUCUUCCCGGGACAGUGACUCCCCGGGUGGCUCCCCACUGUCCCUUGCCAGGAAGAACUCCCCCAAAUCGGGUUCCCCCACAUCGUCGUCACUCCUGAAGCUCAAGGCAGAGAAGAACGCCCAGGCAGAACUGGGGAAGAACCACUCCUCAGCCUCCUUCUCCUCGUCCAUCACCAUCAACACCACCUGCUCCUCCUCCUCCUCCUCCUCCUCCUCCUCCUUGUCCAAGAACAGCGGGGACCUGAAGCCCCGUUCUGCCUCGGACGCGGGCAUCCGUGGCACUCCCAAGGUUGGGGUGAAGAAGGACCCCGACCUGAAGGCUGGGCUGACCUCCUGUGCCCGGGCCAAGCCAUCCGUUCGGCCCAAGCCGUUCCUGAACCGCGCAGAGUCCCAGAGUCAAGAGAAGAUGGACAUCAGCACUUUACGGCGCCAGCUGAGGCCCACGGGCCAGCUCCGGGGCGGCCUCAAGGGCUCCCGGAGCGAGGAUUCCGAGCUGCCCCCCCAGACAGCCUUCGAGGGUCCCAGUGAGGGGUCCAGGAGGGGCUCAGCUGACCUCAUCACCCUCCCCGCCUCCACACCCCCGUGUCCCACCAAGAAGGGGCGGGAAGGGCAGGCCACCUCCUACAUGACAUGCAGCGCCUACCAGAAGGUCCAGGACUCGGAGAUCAGCUUCCCCGCAGGCGUGGAGGUGCAAGUGCUCGAGAAGCUGGAAAGCGGCUGGUGGUAUGUGAGGUUUGGGGAGCUGGAGGGCUGGGCCCCCUCCCACUAUCUGGUGCUCAGCGAGGACGAGCCACCCGACCACCCAGGCAAAGAGCCGGACACAGUGGCGGCCAAGAGCAAGCAGAACGAAGGCAAGUCAGACAGCCUGGAGAAGAUCGAGAAGCGGGUCCAAGCGCUGAACACCGUCAACCAGAACAAGAGGGCCACGCCGCCCAUCCCCUCUAAGCCUCCCGGGGCCUUCGUCAAGACCUCAGGUGCUGGGGCCGUGAAGAUGAGGAACGGCGUGCGGCAGGUGGCAGUGAGGCCCCAGUCGGUGUUCGUGUCCCCACCACCCAAGGACAGCAACCUGUCCUGCGCCCUGCGGAGGAACGAGUCACUGACAGCCACCGACGGCCUCCGAGGCGUCCGCCGGAACUCCUCCUUCAGCACUGCCCGCUCAGCGGCUGCAGAGGCCAAGGGCCGCCUGGCCGAACGGGCCGCCAGCCAGGGCUCGGACCCCCCUCUUCUGCCCACCCAACGCAAUGGCAUCCCUGUGUCCCCUGUGCGCCCCAAGCCCAUUGAGAAAUCGCAGUUCAUCCACAACAACCUCAAAGAUGUGUACGUCUCGAUCGCAGACUACGAGGGGGACGAGGAGACGGCGGGCUUCCAGGAGGGCGUGUCCAUGGAGGUCCUGGAGAGGAACCCCAACGGCUGGUGGUACUGCCAGAUCCUGGACGGGGUGAAACCCUUCAAAGGCUGGGUGCCCUCCAACUACCUGGAGAAAAAGAACUAGCGAGAGGUGGGCGGGCGUGGGUCCUUCCAGCCUUCGUGUGGGUGAGCGGUGAGAUAAGACAAAAGGGACGUGGGAAGUGGGAGGGGUGGGGGAGGAAACUAAACCUGCAGAGCGUGCGACCUUGAAGACACUCCCCUCCAGGCUGUCCCCCAGCUGGAAGGUAGGGUCUGGCAGGGGCCCACACUGAGCACAGAAGGCAGUGGGCAGGGGCGCCCUGGGCCUGGGGCCGGAGGCGAGAAAGCUGAGCCCCAUGUGAGCACCUGGGGGACUUUGACAAUGGACUCCGUGCCAUUUGGGACAGGCCAUGUGGGAAAAUCCAAUUUGUGCCUUGGCUGCAAAUCUGGAAAAGAUGUGGUUGUGGGGGCCUCCUGUGCCCUGCCCCUGCCUAGCCUGGUUUCAGUUGCCCCCCCCCCCCAGUCCCCUCCCCCAGAGAUAUAGCCCUUGUAUCAUCUUAAUCUGUGUUUGUGAAUUAGCCUGGUUCCCAGGGAUUGCUGCCACCGGUGAGGGUGGUAGGAGACACUGCCAGGGCUUGGAGGUAUCUUCUGGAAGCUUAGGCUGUUCCAGGGCCAGGCCACUGUCCAUGUCUGUUAGUCGAAGAAAACGCACUUCCUCGGGUGCCAGCAAGGAUCACCUUUCUUAGCCAUCACUGCCGCUGGCCUUGAGGAGAGAGCCCACCCUGCCCGGGGCUCCCCCUGGAGGACCGCCAGCCCCAGAGUUUACAGAGGGAGUGGGCGGGGCCGUCGGUCUCUUCUGUCUGCACAGACCCGAUGUUGAAUAUUUCUGGGUGGGCAGUUCUUUUGCAUGUUUCAGAAGAGGUGUGUUGCUUUGGGGCUUCGAUGUCGGGCCUUGGGUUUUCGUCUUAUUUUAGGGGUUGUUUGGGGGCCCAAAGGCGAUCAGCCUCACGGGACAGGAUGGGGAAUGGAUGGCCUUUCCGUCGUACUCUUGUGGGAGGUGGUUUGGUAUGUGCUUCGCCUUCCUCCCCUCCACAAGCCAAAGUCGCUUCAUUUGGUUUCCGCUGUGUGGACAGUACUGGAGCUUGGCCACAGGGAUUGCAGGCUGGAGAAGCUCUGGUCCCAGUCGUGGCAAAGCAGAGCCACUGCUCUCCUGGUUCCUGCCUGGUCACGGUUGGGCAGAGCCCUCCCCGGGGAGGGGGGUGGGGGAGGCGGUAGAUGUUCUCCUGUCCAGGCAGGAUCUGAAGCCUUAUGGGUAGGCCAUGGAGAAGCAGACCUCACCACCGCCACCGCGGGCCCAAAGAUCCCUGGGCCAGAAGCCAAGCUGGUCUUCCCGAGGGGCAGUGCCCCUGUGAAGAGAGAAGGGAGAAAAUAAAGUCCCUGUCAAUUCCGGGUGGUGUCUUCCGGUCGCUGAGGCUUCCGAGGCCAGACCGGCUUCCCCAAGGACUCACUCUUCGAGGGGAGUGGAUUUCCGCACGUGCCUUUGAUUGUGGAUAGAUCGGGGUUCACAGCCACCCACUGAGCUGCCGAUCCCGGACUGAGGAGGAGAGGCCCGCCCUCCACCCUGCUCCCCACCCGGGCGGUGUAUGUCGUCCCGAGAACAGCACGGGAUCUGUACCUCGUGCCCCCAGUCCCCCACGCACCCCCACCCUCCUCCUUCGCCGUAUGCUGAUGCCCGGCAGCUCUAGCAAACUGCUCCCGUUCUUGGUUGAAAGGGCCGUGGUGAGAUUUUUGCUUCCUUUUGGUUUUGUUUGUUUAAAUGGAAAUUAGUUAUUUUCUUCUGCUGGACAGUAUUAAAUAGAGCAGGAUGUUGAGUUAAUCUGCUAGAUUGCAGUACUAAUGGUAGAGGUGUAGUGUCUUCAUAUUAAUAUUAUUUGGACUUAUUUGAACAAUAAUGAUAAAGAAGUGGUUCAUUACUUUUUAAUUAAUGCACUUUAAUAAGGUGGAAUGGAAAGAACCCCAGAGAGCAAAGUGCAUUACUUAAAGAUGCAGUAUAUACUCUUCUCAUUUUUAAGCAGCACAUAUUUAUUAAAAGAAAAAAAAAGUAAUUUAUGAUUAUUUAAAAUAAAAUUUAAAAGUAGAGUGACUGUCAGGUUGAAGGACCUUCCAUGUAGCUAUCUUCCAGGGGGAGAGCCCCAGCGGCCUCACUCCUCAAAGUCUGCACUGAGCCAGUUCAGUCAAUAACGCGCCAGCCAGGCCAAGAAGGAGUGCAGGAUGCACCUGCCGAGCACAGAGCAUCUCAGUCGCACUGGACCACAGCGCUCCCCAGAGCCUGCCUUUCCCUGCCCUUCCUCACUGUACUGCCCCCGGGGGCUCUCCACCACCCACGAGGCUCACAUUCUCCCCGCCCUGCAAGGACCCUCUCUCCUUCAUUCCCAGUGCCCUAAGCACUAAGUCAUUACACGUGAGCUCCAAGGUCACUCACUCCAUCCCAUCCCCUCCUGUUAGUGCAGCCCAAAGUCAGAAAUUAGCUUCCCCCAAAUGACACAGCUAAUUAGGAGCAGACCCCACUGCCUCCGCCCCUGUACCCCUCCCCACCCCUGUUAGAGUUUAUCGUGUGGUCAUCAUGUUUACAGCGUGCCAGCCAGCCCUAAGGUUGGCUGGGGGUUGCUCAGGCGUCCAGGAAAAGUGGGAGAUGCUGCCACCUGGUGACAGCUGGAUAUGUGGAUAGUGAACAGGGAUUGCCGUACCCCUCUUCACCCCUCGCCCCCUCACCAUCACCCUGACUCACAGCACAGCACAAACCCUGCAAACCCAAAACGAUGAUUAAUACUUGAAGCAAGAAGGGUGCACGCCAGUCCCUCUCAGACAUGGCCAGGGGAUGCCAGGCCUUGGACCCCUGGACUCCUGGCCCUGCCCAGGACAGGAGGGCUUUUUCCUAGAGCUACUGAGCUGCUUUGUGACGUUGGAGGGUACUGCCGGCAGCAGGUAGAGGAGGGAGGGGCCUGUGGCUCUGACCCAUCUGGAGGAAGACCAGAUCAGACAAAAAAAAAAAAAAGAAAAAUCUCAGCAGUGUCCAAACCUAGUUUUCCAUUAGUUGCGAUUGAAAAAUGUGAAAUGACGUAUUGCUGUAUACUGCAACUUUAAUCAUAAAUGAGCCCUUCUGAGGUCAUUAUUGAGGUUUAUAUAAUGCCCGAAGAUGCAUCAUCCGGUGCUUUUUCUUUCAGUUUAAAGACUUUUUUUCUUUUAUUAUAAGGGAAAAAGAUGUCUUCAUCUCUCUCCCACUUUGUAACAGGGGCCUGGCUGGACUCCCCGGCCCCGUCGUGCUGUUCCCACAAGGCCAAGGGACGCCAGGGCAGCAAGAGGGAGGCAGAGGGGCAACCCGAACAGCAGGUGUGCCACCUGCCCCUGCUGUGACCAGGCCCUCUGGCCAGCCCUUGGCCUCAUUCACCCCCAGCCUGGCCCCGCAGGCUCCUCUUUCUUCCUCCCGUCUCCAUCUUGACGAAGGCAUUAUAUAGCAUCGUUUUAAUCACUUUCAGAUGUUAGAGCAGCAUAUUUUACUGGCAUUUAUAGCCAUGGCUUUCCUCGGCGAGGCAUGUUACUACUUUUAUCAUCUAAGGCAAAAAGUCAAGGGAAUUUCGGUCAAGCAUUAUUUUCAUAUUACUAGUAUUUGCAGAGUAGGUGUAGAACUAUUUAAGUUUAGACCUUCGUUUGGUAGUUUGUUUUUUUAAGGAAAAAAAAGAAGACAACGUAACCCCUAUUUUUCCUGUUUUUGUAUUUAACUAAUAUAUUAUUUCUUUCAGGUUACUCACUUCCCCUACCCGCUCCAAAUACUUUGCAUUCUCAAUCGAAAAUGAAAACAAUCUGAGAGACAGGAAAAGUGCAAUAUUAUUGAGAGGGAUGCCAGGGCUUGUUGGAACAGUGGAGGGAGGCCGAGCGGCCCCGAGUGUUGCUAGGGGGAGGCGAGGCUCCUGGAGGGAGUCAUGCUUUAGAGCCAACAGGUGACCUGGGUCUUGCUUCCUCCCCCUCCCCCCACUUCUCUGACAGGAGGGCAGGGGUCCCCGCCAGAGGGCAGCCCCUUCUGCUGGGGGUCACCCACCGGGAAGAAAGGGAUUCAGGGAAGCGGCAUGGGGCGCCCAGCUUCCCGGGGCGCCAGCCCUCGGCGCAGAGCAGGGACCUCCAGGAACUGCUCUUUGUUUUCAUUUCCGUUGUUUUUCAGCCAGCUGCUCAGAAAGACCUGUCUUAGAAAUCACCGUCCGCGGUCCCCUCUCACCCCAGUCGCCUACGUUUGGGCCAUGAUCCUUUUGACGUAUGUUUGAAUCUUUCUAACACUAUGUAACCUCAAGUUCAGUUUAUGGGCAGGAACCCUAGAUGUAACCAAAUCCUUCUGGGGGGAUGUGGGUGCCUCGAGCCCGACACCCGCUGUGACACACCAGUUCCCACGAGCCUGCAGCCGGGCCUGGUGCUGAGCCGGGGCUACCCAUUCAUCUCAAUGACUUCAGCCGGAGGCGUGAGCCCUGCUUCUGCUCAACACCCCGACAAGGUCUCGGAGAAGCGUCGGAGGAGCCUGCUGAGGUCUCUGCAGACAGAACUUCCCACAACAGGUACCGAGCCGCCAGCCCCCAAGUGGGUGCCGGUAGAGAGAGCAAGAGAAUGGGAAGGCUCUGGGUCCAAGCCCUUGGAGCUCUGCCCCUCCCGGUGACAGGGACAUCCUUGCUGGCUCAUCCCCUCCACCACCUCCAGUACUGUAUGCUUGCUGCUCCAGCCCGUCUGGUGAAUUUCUGUACAAAUACGGAUCUGGCGCCCAGAGUGGGCCUGUGCCCCCGCGUGUGGGUGUCUGUCCUUGGAGCGUGUGCAUCUGUAUGUCCCAUCGUCAAGAGUCUCAAAUGCAGAGCUCCCAGGAAAGAGAACCACCCACAUCGCUCAAGAAUUAAGAUUCCCUCACUUUUUUGAGGGCUGUGUGUUGUCAAGGAGUGCGUGUGUAUGUGUGUCUGUGUCAAUGAGGAGUGUGUCUGUGGUGUGCGUGUUUGUGUGUGUGCACGUGCGAGUGCAUGUGUGCGAGUGUUAGUCAUUUCCCACUUGAACUAAAUACCAUGGGGUUCGAGGAAAAAAUUACUGGGCAUGCUGUCUCCAUUGAACAAGUCCUUGGCAUUGGGCAGGCCCCACGGGACUCACAGCUUCUGGCAGCAAGUGUAUGUGUUAUUCACACACGUUAAUUCUGGCUGGAGAGUGCAAUGUGUCUUUUUUUUUUUUUUGUAAUUAUUUUAUUAAGUAUUUAGUUGGAAACUUCACACUGGCAUUAACAGAUCUAGCAGAAGCAUCCUAGGCCACUGUCCCAGGCUCCAAAGUGAGGAUGUGGGAAGGAGAUGCCACUGGGUGUGGAAGUGCCACCACCUGCACUCAUGUCUAAUGGGCUGACUGCCAGCCUUUGCCGUGCACGUCACCACUGUAGGAAUCCCUGCGUUGUGAGAGCUGCUGGCCCUCGGUUCUUGUGUUCAGGGAGACAACUUGGUCGCCAUGAGCUCAGCAGACCUGCCUGUCCAUCAGCAGUUCUGGUCUAGACUGCAGGUCCCCAGACACUUCAUGGGAAUCAUGUGGAGAGCUCCCCUUUGGACGUUACUGAGUUGUUGGCCUAAAUCUUGGUCUCUGUUUGGGUCAGCCUCUGGUUCUCAAGCUCAGUGAUCAAAAGGGUGAGUGACCUAUAGCUUCGUUUCAGAAAGAACAGCCCCACUGAUGUUGGCUUCCCUCCUGUUGUGUCCCAUGCACCUGGUCCCCAGGCCAGCAGCAGGCACACUGGUGCCUAUAGAAGGCAUAGAGGACUCUGCCUCCCUAGGCCUUGAUCCCAGCCUGUCUGUAGCAUUGGUUUUAUGAUGCGAUCCCCCUUCCCCAGUCCCAUCUUUUCAAUCUUGAGUUUGCUCUUGACCUUGACAAUCAUCCCCCCUCAUCCCAGAAUGUAGCGGCCUUCGAGAACAGGUCCCUGCAAUGAAGAUCUCUCCUUUGCUCCCAUUUCCAUCCUAGCAAAUGGGCUGGACCACAGGAGGCAGGAGAGAAAGAGGAAGAAUUAUCAUUUUAAAGCAGAAAUAUGGAUGGAGCAUGUUGGAGGCAAGUGAGAGGCAUGUCGACGAGAUGAGUGUGCGUGUUCGGGGAGGCUGCAGCUUACCGUCCCUUCCCUGGGAAGGUGGCUUCCAGAAGAAAGUGCCUUCUAGGCAGAAAGGGAAGAGUGUGAGAAGCCUGAGAGAGUCUGGAGUUUUGUCUUUAUUAGAAGGAAGAAGUUUCUGAAUGUUUUCAGGAGGAAGAGAGCAGGUAGGGAAUUUAAUGGUUCAGCAUCCAAGGAUCCAGCCAGAACAGGUUGGAAAAGCCCCAAGAUUUGGCUGUAGAAGAAGAUGGCCUGAGGAAAUAGCCACAUGCCAGGCCACAAGCUGGGUCCCCAGCAGGUUCUUAAUGGCCACUGAUUUGCUUAGCGGAGAGGGGAAGUUGCCAGCAACAGACCCAUCUCUGAGUCUGGAGGCCCUGGCUCCAGAGCCUUCAUCCAUUUCCCAGGUUCCAGGCUUUUGUGCCCACCUUCCUUUCUUUGUCCAGUCCAGAGCUGGCCUCUCUAACUGCUUGAAUCUGAGACCAGUAACCGUAAUGGGUCAUGCACUAGGGACCCACCACCCCAAACUGGAGUCCCAGGGCCCAGACACCAUCAUGUGUAUCUGGGAGGAAGGCACCCUCACUUGCUCUUCUAAUGAUUCAGUGUGCCGAGCCAGCCUGCCUGGUGCGACUCAGAAGAUGGGGUGCGAGGGUACUUAUCACUUUUAGUGGCCUAUGACCAAGGCAUACUGCUCUUAAGUCUUUCAGAGAAAGAUGGGUAAACAAAGCCACCAUUCUUGAAUCUGCAGCAUGUUCUUGGCAACAGGUUUCCUUUAAGUCCAUGACACAGGAUGGGAAAAGGGUUUCACUCUGGUUACAGGAGGUCUGCAGGAAAGUGACUUUGGAGAAGGCAAAUGUGAGGGGCAGGUUCGUGAGCCUGGGUUUGUGGGCCGCGUGGUUGCACGUAAACUGCUAGAUGUCUCUGGGGCGUUCUUCACGGUGUCCCCUCGACCCCUCCCAGCUCCUAGUGGGCUCUGCAGGGUCUGAAGGAGGCUGUUCCCUCUUCCUCCCUCAACAGAGAAACCGAAGAAAAGGACUUUGAAUUCAGUGCAGUCAAUUUGAGUGCUAGAAAAUUUCCAGAAUCAAUGGUGGUGCUAUACUGUCUCCAUGUUUCUAAGAUUUUUAAUUGUGUUUUUUUUUUUUUUUUAAUUGUUCUCAUCACAAACACGCAGCGUCCUUAGGGAAGAGACCCCACCCCUUGACCUGCCACUUUCCAGGUGUCCUUUAUCAUUUUGACGGGACUCUUUGGUCUGCAGAAAAUAACUGUCUUGGCAUGCUUCUAGACUGUAAAAUUUGGGUUGUUUUGUAUUUUGUUUAUGUUUACAUGCAUCUUGUAUUUCCUUGAAAACUAAAUAAAGUUUUUGGCCUUUUUAACGGAA